AUAAAAACUGAAAACCACACAUACAUUCCCCUGCUUUGUUUUUCCCUCCUCUCCCUCCCCAACCUUACAAAUACAUACAUACAUACAUAUAUAUAUAUAUAUAUAUUGCUUCUGAAUUUUAUAAGAAUACCGAUAUGAUUGCUACAAGUUCACAUUUAUCUUCUGUAAGAAAAGAUUAUUAAUAGGAAUAGAAAGUUCAAGGCAAAUGGAGACAAACUGUAGAGCAAUUCUAAGAGCGGUUUUAGUAGUGGGAUUUUGCUGGUUUUUGUUGUUUACGGUUUCCACAACCAUACAAGCAAAGCUUGGAGUUCCGUCUACUGCGAGUUUUGGAGUUUUCAAAUCAAGAGGAGUGGUUCUCAACUACGUGAGCAAGAGAAGGGUGCCAAAUGGCCCUGAUCCUAUUCAUAACAGGAGAACAAGAAAUAACGGACAACCUCCUGAUCGGGCCUAAAGAAGUGAAGGGAGUACCAAUUACCUAGCUAGCUCGGGGAUUGAAUUUGAAGAUCGAGCUGUGUACAUGAAAUGUGUUUCCUUCCAAUUCUUGAUCAGAUAUUAUAUUGCAUGUUUUGUUGUGUAGAAGUAUAUGAAGAAAGAAAGGUUGAAGCUUUUUGAUGGUAUUUUCAUGAGUGUUUUACUUUGAAUUCAAAUAUUCAUGGUAAUUUAAGAUGUUUGCUUUUGCAUGGAAUCAAAAGAAUCAUAUUCCAAAUGUA